AUGACUCCUUCUUCAGAAAUUGAUCCCAUUAUUAAUACGCAUCAUAAGAAGAGCCUUCAGGAAUUCGAUCGUAUGGCGGCCAUAAUCACGAGGACCUUGAUACAGUUGUUCGGAGACGAAGAUAUCGACAAACUCGAGCAUGAUCAAACUCCAUCCAAAAACGAACACCAACGCAGAUGCAAAUGCAACAAGAAAAGGAGAUCAAGUGAACAUAAUUCUUACAUUCACCUCUCACGAGCCAACGGGCCUUCGUCUUCAUCUGGGGAUAGAACGGUCAAGAGGCGCAGGUAUAGGAGUAUUCAUAACUUGUACAUGGCCACAAAGCAAGGUUUGGUUUUCCGGGGUGGAUUUUCGGCCGAGAAGACUGAGAAGAAGCUCGCCAUGGGGAGAAGACCUGCUAGGUGUUACCGUCAGAUCAAGAACAAACCCUACCCGAAAUCACGAUACUGCCGUGGUGUGCCUGAUCCAAAGAUCAGAAUUUACGAUGUGGGCAUGAAGAAAAAGGGGGUGGAUGAGUUCCCUUUCUGUGUGCACUUGGUCAGUUGGGAGAAGGAAAAUGUCUCGAGCGAAGCUUUGGAAGCUGCCCGUAUCGCUUGCAACAAGUACAUGACCAAGUUUUCCGGAAAGGACACUUUCCACUUGAGGGUGCGAGUCCACCCUUUUCACGUUUUGCGUAUCAACAAGAUGCUCUCGUGUGCUGGGGCUGAUAGGCUCCAGACUGGAAUGAGGGGCGCUUUUGGAAAGCCACAGGGGACUUGUGCUCGUGUGGCAAUUGGUCAGGUCCUCUUGUCUGUUCGCUGCAAGGAUGCGAACAGCCACCAUGCUCAGGAGGCCUUGCGCCGUGCGAAAUUCAAGUUCCCUGGUCGUCAGAAGAUCAUUGUUAGUAGGAAAUGGGGCUUCACCAAAUAUAACCGCACUGAUUACCUGAAAUGGAAAUCGGAGAAUAGGAUUCUCUCUGAUGGUGUUAAUGCCAAGCUUCUUGGAUGCCAUGGACCUUUGGCAAAUAGGCAACCGGGAAGAGCAUUCAUUUCGGGACCUGUUCAAGGAUGA